CAGAUCGUGCCUGCAACUCUGCAACUGUCAUACUGUACCUCUUAGUUUGCGAAGCUAGCAAGUCUGGUGUCCUUGGACGCAAUUAGUUGUUGUUUGAUCGACCAAUCGAUCGAAUACCGUCAUCCGAGCAGUGAGCUAAUUCCUGGAGAUGCAUGGAUCGAACCGAAGAAAAUUGGUUAUGGAGGUGAGAGUUGAGGACGUGAACUACAACAUCAUGGCAGACGACUACAGUAAAUUCAUCGAGGAUCUCCGGAAAAAGCUCGCCAAUCAUCCGCAUAAGGAGAUGAUCCAUGAUGUUCCCGUGCUGGCAAGGCAACAAUCUCCUAGACAGCCGGCUAGGUGGAUGUAUAUUAAUCUGGUGGGCAGGAAGAAGGACAGGGCAACCGUAGCCGUUCGGGAUGACAAUGUCUACCUUAUGGGCUUCAGGAACAUGAACGGAGAAUGGUUUCACUUGGGCUUUUCGAAGUGGAGCGUGCCCAUUCUUCCGGAAUCAUCCAAGUUUUUAGAAUGCGACGUCGCUUAUAGAAACUUACUUGAUGUACCACAAGGAGAACAGGUCAUGAGUAGGUUGGUGGAGGUGGAGCUGCGGAAGACGGUGGUGCUAGAUGCCGUCCAUAGGUUGUCGCGCUACACACAGCGAGGGCAAGAUGAUCGUAUUGAUCGAUUCACCAAACGGGAUCUGGCACGCCUGAUUAUCGUGAUCUGCGAGUCUGCAAGGAUGAGGCCACACUACACUACGGUAAACAAGGGCUUCGUUCACGACGAGACAACCAGCCUCACCAAGCUGCACGUAUUCUACUUGUGGAACUGGGGGCUUAUGUCACGGGCGCUGCGCCAAGGCUGGCGGCCAUGGCCCAUCAGACUUGUUGAAGAUGCCCGGGCAGUAGUCCAACUGCUGCUCAACGCUGCGGCCGCGAUGCCGUUGCGAAUGACCGAAACGGAGGCUGCCUCCUCGUCCUUUGCCAAUGACAUGCCUUUUGCCUCCUCGGCCUUUCUCGAUGUCAUGCAUUUUGCCUCCUCGCCCGAUGAGAUGGCCUUUGCCUCCUUGCCCUUUCUCGAUUGGAUGGAUUUUGAUUACUCCAACACUAAAGCUAAAGCCACUGAAGCAAACGAGCAGCCUGCAGCCAUAGAUGACAUGGCGCCAGUAAACGACGAGGAGCCCGCAGUGACGACUGAUGACUUGGCUUGGGAAUACCAUGAGGAGUCGGCAGCGAGCGAUGACAUUGAUGACCUGGCGUCCGAAGACCAUGAGGAGUCGGCGGCGUCCGAUGACUUCGCGCCCGUAGUCGACGAGGAGCCUGCAGCGACGGAUUACGAGGACGAAUUUACAGGUCAAGUCCAUGGCCGACGAUUAGUGGAGUUGUUGGCCGUGAGUUCCGACUUCGACAGCUUUAUGAUAAGUAUCUUUGACGGGAAACGUGGCCAGAUCGUCUACAAUCACCACCAAGGACAUCAUACUGUCAUCCACGACUCUCAACGCAAUUUGGUGCUGACUGGACCAUAUAGGGCCAUCUCAGCUGACGGGAGCUUUCUAAUUGAAGUUGAUACCAACAAUGAGGAUGUCCAUCCUGAUAAGAAAAGAAAAAACAAUGAGAGCGAGGUCUCAUCUGAUGAUGUUGAUGGCACUCUGUUCUGGGACAGCUAUAACGAUUACAACUACACUAGGUCUGACAGGAUAUUGGCUCACACUAUCAGGACAAGCCUUGGCCCCGUUGAGGUGACCUACGCGGUGCUGACCAACGCCGUGGAGGCCACCGUGCAGGUCAAGCUCCUGCUUCUCACUGGAGACGGCGCCGCCACGUUUGCUGGCAGUGACACCCUCUUCGUCUACGGUGACAUCACGGUGCGCAGCCACUGCUUCGACGUCGCGAGCAUGCUCUUCAGCCAUGGCUCGCAGAACAAGGUUGCAGUGGCACUCACCUCUGACACCGCGACCAUUCCACUGUCGCGGUGUGUUGUUGCGGUGCCACUCCACCAUCGGGUUGAGAUAGAGGCGAAGCUGUAUGUUGAAACUUCCAACGAAGAAGAGAGUAUCAAUUACACUUGUUUCCAAGGUAAGCUGGACUUCGCCGCCGGCCGUGACCAGCAGAUACAACAGAUAUCCCACGGCGACAACCCUGCAGUGGUUGAAGUCACCUGGUCGCCGGACUUCUUUUGAAGGGAUCGAGUGGUAAACAGCAUAGAUCGAGACGACGGUCGAUCGGCGGAGAUUCUCUAUGGUGAAAACCACAAAAGUAUUGUAAGGUGAACCAAUAAAUGGUUCGUUCUAGAACAUCCAGGUAUCUAGCUAUAUCGCUUAAUUAUUCUAUAUGGGUUCUGUAUAAAUAAGGCUCUUCAUAUAAACGGAAUUGUUUUAAUACGAGGAUUUCGAUGAGGAGAAGCAGAUUUGUGUGCUAUACUAUGAUAUGUACCGUCUAUAAAAUAUUGUGUGCUCUGACGUUGUGUGGCUUUUCGAAGAUCUAUCAUAUAGGUGAUUGUGUAUGGUUGUGAACUCAUAAAACAACAAUUAUUGUAUCCCUCCAAUAGUUUUGUGUUAAUUACAAGUAUGUGACUAUUGCUGGUCAAAAUUACUAUUUAAUUUGUGUAUAGUGCAAAAUUAUAGUUAUGGGUCGCAAAGAGCAUGGCCAAACAAUCCAAUAUGCUGAUUAUACAAUGGAACCCCGGAAACGCCAACUCACAUUUCAAAUUUCAAACGUUAUUGUAUUGAACUUUGGCAAAGAGAAGCAACAUUAGAUCCACGGUUGCAAGAGGUUAACCACACCCGACCCCAUCUGUCUGAUGCUCACCUCCAAAUGCCUUUCUGUCGGAAGAAAAUGUGCCACACACAGAUGAGCAAUGGAAAAGUAUGCAACCAGGUAGCUCAUGUUGCUGCACAAUCAUGAAAUGGUAUAGAAUUAAAAUUAUCAAGUCCAUUUGUCAAAUAAAAGCAUUGGAGAACAUGAGCACAGCUUGAAUAGAACCAAAUCAAAUCAGAUGGUAGAACGAAGCAAAACGGAUCGAAGAGACAGAGAGAAAAAAAAAUCAUAGACAACAAGGAACGAGGGGGGGUUCAAGAGGUCAAAAAACUUAACCAUGCUUGUUGCCAAAUCCCAUGAUGAAGCGUAGCUUCUCUGCAGUGGCAUGCUAGGAAAUGCGCUACCGUGAGC